CUGAAAUUCCAUAUUAAUCGAUCCAAAGAAAUACCAAAAUUUUCUGAGUUAGCUGACUAUAGACUGAACUUAUCUCAUGGCGGCAAAACUGAUAUUGUACUCAGAGUCCCACUCUUCACCCUGCAAAAUCCUCUCUACCAACCGCUUCAAUCUUCUACCGCGCAUAGCCAUUCUCCAUCUUCCUCUCCAAGGAACCCGUUCUCCCAUCCCUCGAGCUUCUAGAGCUUUCUCCUCUCCAUAUCGGAGUCCACGUCGCGGCGGCCAACCAGAUAUAGUAACAGGUGACUAUGAUGUUGACGAGGAUGACGACGAGGAGGAUGAAGAAGAAGAAGAUCGAAGUUUAGAUCUUUUGGUAAAACUCGUUCAGAAUGUUUUCAGAAACGUCUCGAGGAAAGCUAGGAAAGCCGUUCGAUCUGUUUUGCCCGUCUCCUUUCCUAGCCAAUUGGUUGGGUUUUCUGUUAAUGGUCUCGUAAUCCUGACAUUUUUAUGGGUUCUGAAGGCCUUUCUCGAGGUAAUAUGCACCCUUGGGAGUGUGGUAUUUGCGAGUAUCUUACUCAUCCGUGGAACGUGGAUGUGCAUAAUGUACUUGCAAGGCAGAAGCAAUUACAGGAUAGAUGAGGGUGAUGAUGAACAUAAUGCAUGGUCGGGAGCACAACCUGCCAACUAGUUGCAACAUGAGAUCUUCUACUCCAAAGUUUCUGUCCCCAAAAAACUUACAUUUGUCCCUUGGAGAUAGUCUUAUUUGAUUAAAACAAGUUAAUUUUCAUUAUAUUUUAUGUAUGUUUUCAAAAAAGCUUCACAGAAAUGCUACUUAUGUUAAGUUGAGUUAAAUUAAACCAACAAUUAAGUUAAAAAAUAUAUGUAAAGUUGAUGAUUUCCAAUCAUUGUUCCUUACUAAAAUUAAAAGGUUGGACCGUUGUGAAACAACCUUUUUGGUGAUGGAGCUCGUAUUUUAUACGGAGUAUGAUACUCAGAUGCUUUCUCGGGCUUAAACAACCAAUUUCACCUUGUGAAUAUCCCCUAAAGCCGGGCAUAAAAGGGAUUUUUUCGACUCCAAGAUUCUGUGUCCAUUCAUCCAGAUGCUUAUAGAUUGUCCCAGUUUCUGUAGCCAACAUAAUGUAUGCAUAUUUGCACAUUCUUUUACAAACAGUAAUGUUGUCCAUUGUAAAUUCAUAAUAAUGAUAUUACCUGAUUUUUUAUUAAUGACAUAAACCCUUUGGAGUGUAAGGUUGUUCACCAAAUCUGGCAGUAAGUGAUACUGGGUCCUAGUGCCUAGUUUGAGGCUGAGCAGGGUUAAUCAGAACAUAGAUGGGUCAGAGUGGGGCCAAAGUGUUAACCAGAGGGGUCUAGGUAGGGAUGGACAUUGUCCUGCUUAGUGAUUCUGGGCUGAGGCUGGACAGUUUUUUGUCUCAUGACCAAAUUAUAAAUCUGGUCCAAAAACCGGCACCUGUAACAGGUAUAGGGCUAGUUCGACUAACAUGAGAUUGGCCCGUAACUGGUCAGUGCCGGUUCCUUUUUUACUCAACUUUCAGCUGGAGCCGCAUAAAACAAGGAUCGGUUAUCCUGGUUCGAGUUAUGGGCUCUUCUAAAAUUGGAACAUGAACCGGCCAGAUCCAAACUGGAACUUGACCAGAACUGGCUCGAGUCCACCCGUAGUUGUAGGCCACUAGGCGGAUUUUUAGAAUAGAGUCCGAGAAGUUAACUAGUGUUAUUCCAACAACCAACUAGAAAUCAAGUACAGCUGACCAGAGGUUGACUAUAAGACAUUCAGAGUAAUUAAUUGCUGACUUGUUGACUGGGUAAUUAAAUGCAUAUUGAUCCCAUCUGGAAACUGUUGGAAUUUACAUUCUAUCGUUAUGGAUUUGCAUUUUAAUAUAUGAUUGACUUUCUUGUUUCAUCAGAUCUAUUAUUUAAGCAAUGACACAUUUUACUACUUCCAAGUUCCAACAAAACUGCUCCUUUAUUCAAUUCACACACUAUAAGCUUAACAUCUGGCUCUUAUUUUCUGCAUGAAGCUAACUUCUUAAAUCUUGAUAUGUUUGAUUAUCUCUUUUUAUCUUAAACUGCUCUGCACUGCCUUUCUGCGUUCACACUGCCUGCCUAGCCAGUAAGUAUCAUUUCCUAUAUUGCCAACUUUAUAUUUUCAUAGAAGGAGAAACAGAGAAGGGUUCUCAGAAUUGCAGAGAAGUUGGAGUCUUGAUGUUGAGACGGGAGGUGAUGAUUCGAAUCACGAUGAAGAUGGUCGAAUGAAAAGAACUGGAAACAUAUUGACAGCAAGUGCUCACAUCAUUACAGCAAUCAUCGGGUUGGGAGUGCUGUCUCUUGCAUGGGCGAUUGCACAGUUGGGAUCGGUGGCUGGACCGAUUGCCAUGCUGGCAUUCGCCGCCAUCACACUCUACACAUCCCUUUUGCUAGCUGACUGUUACCGUUCACCAGAUGGUAAAAGAAACUACACUUACAUGGAUGCUGUUAGAACUCAUCUAGGCGGCAUGAAAGUCAAACUUUGCGGGUUAGCUCAGUAUAUGACUCUAAUUGGCAUCAGUAUUGGAUACACUAUCAUCACUGCUCUGAGCUUGGUGACAUACUGAAAUCAUCCUUCAAAGAGAAGCAAGUGAUGAAACAAGCCUCCACCAUUGGAAUCAUAGUCUCCAGCUUCUUCUACUUGCUACAUGGGACGCUUCACCCUUGGCCACAUAGCAUUUGGAAACGGAGCGCCUGGAAACAUCCUGACGGAUGAUCACAGCUUGUGCAACCUGUACCUGCUCAUCAUCCUCGCCAACCUAUGCAUGAUCAUACACCUAGUUGGGGCCUACCAGGUGUUCACACAGCCAGUGUUUGCACUUAUUGAGUCUUGGACCAUGACAAGGUGGUCCCACGUCCAGUUCAUCACGGGAGAACGCGUUGUUCAUAUCCCGCUUGUAGGCUUAAGUAUUAGGUUUAGUGUGUUUAGGAUGGUUUGGAGGACAUCAUAUGUUGUGCUUACAAGUGUGAUGGCGAUGAUAUUUCCUUUCUUCAACGCUAUUCUUGGCCUUCCUGGGGCUAUCGCGUUCUGGCCCCUCACCAUUUAUUUCCCGGUAGAGAUGUACAUUGUUCAAGCAAGGAUUUCGAGAUUCUCCUUCACAUGGAUUUGGUUGCAGAUACCGAGUUUCUUUUGCUUGGUCAUCUCAGUUCUUGCUGCUGUCAGAUCAAUCUGUCAUGCACUUUAAGCCAUUUCAAUAGAAAUUUAGCCAUUUCCAUUUACUAAUGCCAAACAUUUAAUUUUGAUAUUGCAAUCAA